GUGAUUGAUUUUCCAAAUUGUUUAUUGCGAUUUUCCGCAGUGGAAAUUCCGAUUGUUUGCUUACUAAUCUUCGUAAAUAUGAGCAUACCGACUUUUCCGUACCUUGGCUGAAAAUAAGCAGCCAUGAACGUGUUGGAGAAGGCUGAGAAAGCGUUAGAGUACUUGAGAAACAGUGAAGGGUUAGCUAAAGGUCAUGAGCUCCAAGCUGCGGCUGGGACGUUGGGUCGGUGUUUGGGAGCGCUGGGCAGCCGGCAAAACUGUGCAAGACAUUAUGCAAAUUUACUACACUCUGCCAUACCAACUUUAUUGACUUUGGCCAGCAAUGAAAGUGCUGAGGUGCGCUUGCUCGGAGAUGAGGCACUGAACAGAGCUGUUGCAGGAGGCUUUGCCUUCCACUCCUACAAAACUAAUAUAAUUCUGCAGAACCAGAUUGAUGUUAACAAAAAUGCCAGAUGGAUCAGGGCUGCGCUGUCUCGCAUUUGUAUUGGAGACUGCUGGCUUCGACCGGGGGUUGGCAAAAUCCGUUCCCAGGCACAAACAUUGUUUCCAAAGCUCAGUCAAAUUGUACGACAUAUGAAUGAAAUUGAACUUAUUGUGGAAGCAUUAGAUCACAAUUUGCCUCGACUGCUGACAGCUUUGGCUGAGUAUACAACUGAUGAAGAGAUAUCCGACUUAUCAAAAGCUCUCUUAGGGCACGUGGAAUGUGCAGAACCAGCAGUGAGAAGGGGUAUCGCGAAUUGUGUGGCACAUUUAUGUUCCCACAGGGAACCUUUACUGACUAAUGUUUUAGCUAGAGUUUAUGAGAAGCUAUGGCCGUCAGCGCAAGAGGACAAUGCGGUAAUCGGAUGGUUUUGCGUUAUCAAAGCCAUAUUCCAGAUCAACAAUAUAUCAAAGUUCAAAGAAAACGAUCUUUUCAGCGCGCAGGAUUAUUUGGAGCUCUAUCAACUCUGUAUUCACUAUAUAGAACAAACGACAACAGAGCACAACGUACAAAACACGGUGAUGGAAUGUCUAUCCGUGUUGCUAUCACAAGCGAAAGAUGAAUAUAAGAGAGCAUUGUUAGAAAAAACCCCAAGGACUGUUUGCCUUGAUGAAAGACGGAGUGAGAAAGGGCAUCGUAGGAAUAUAAGUUAUACAAGUGCUGUAUCAUCACGGACAGUAGCCAGUGUUCCCCUUGACGUUAAAGAUACGGAAAUAACAUUUAGCGGCGCUUUACAGCUGGGGAGCUUACUUCAGUUGAACUCGGAGUGUGGUAGCACUGAUGAAUUGACUAUACAGACCCCAGAUUCACCAGAAAGCGAUUCUGAAGUCCACAUGACGGAUGCCGAUCAAAUGUCCAGGGAAUUGUCGGAGAAGUUGCAGGAAUACGAAGACGAUGGCACGGACGAUGAUGGGGUAGUCACGUGCGAGGGCGGACUGAAGAUAAAUAUUGGAACCUCAGCAGAUGACGAUGUGCGGCUCAAGUAUUGCGCGAGAUUGCUGGUUUCUAAGUUUCUUUUGACCGGUAAUAAAGGAGGAAUCAUCUCAGAUAGGAGUGUCAGGGUGUCAGUGAAGUCUUCAGCUUUAUCGUGUAUAUCUGUCAUAAUGCAGUUAUAUCCUCAAGCAGCUACUUUGUAUGUGGACAAGGAUGCUGAUUUGAAAUUCCAAAAUUAUUCAGGAUCAUCAGAAGGCACCGAUUCAAACCCCGAUCACAUAAACGAAUUCAUAAUCGAAAGAAACGUUUGCUACCAAGACUCCAUAACAGAGUCUCUCAGCCAAGAACUGUUAAAUCGUAGCACAGACAGCCAGUCACAGCCAUUCAACAAAAAGGAUAGCAAAUCUUUAGAGAAAUCCACUGACAGUGAACAAAAAAAUUCGAGUUCCAAAGAUAUACAAAGCAAUAUUUUAGAUAGCAAAGCUUUCACCAAAGACUUAGUAGCUAGCGGAUUAAGUGCAGAUAGUACAAACCCUAAUAUGACGAAUAGUAACUUCACAUCAAACUCUAAUAUGACGGGCAGUAUAGACCAUAAUUCGACUGGGUAUCCAAUGUCUAGUAGUGGGGAUAUUCUUUCAUCUAGCAUAGAUUUAGAUAUGAAAUUUGAUCAUUUUGGUGAAUCAACAAUCAAUUUGGAUACCAAUGCAGACAAUAUGGACUCAUCUAAAGACGAGAAAAUUACUCGGAAAGAGUUAAAACGUAUGGAAGAAGUUGUUUAUGAUAGUAAAGAUGUUCCAGAUGAUACGAAAGUUCAAACUGUGGAAUGUAAUGAAGAUAAAAAUGAUGAUUUUGAAUACCAGCAUAUGUCGGAUCUAUUUGUAUUGUUAGAGGGUCACAACGACCCUCAGAUUAGGGGGUUGGUUCGGGUUUGUAUUGGCAAUUAUUUGGUUGCUGCGUUAGAUUUGGCACAUGGUGAUUAUAAUCGAUGGAGGAAUUAUAGUUUGUUACCAAAGGAAGUUAGUGUUCAUUUUAGUAUUGAGAAGUUAAUGGAGAUUGUGUUGAAGGGUUUAUCAGACGAGAUUCACUCAUCAGUUAAUCACACGUUAACAUCACUGAUAACACUGUCAGUCGCACUGUGCAACAGUGUCCACUGGUGGCUUAUGAAUGACGCGUUAAACUCACUGAUCAGUGUGAUGAACAAUAGCUACUGGCUGGUUAGGGUGAAUCUAGCCAGACUGUACGAGUCUUUGCCGUAUUCGAAACUUUUCACAUUACAUCCAGAAUAUUACGCCCAAAGUAAAUUGAUAAUGGAUGCGUUGCUACAUUUAUUAGGAGACCAGGAUCAAAAGGUUCGAACGGCGGCCGCUCAAGCAAUUUCAAGCAUUGUACCAAAUAUCUAUCCACCCCGACGCACUACGCCGAUUUCAAUGAUGACAAACUUAUCAAAGGAACACACACAAAAGUUCACGUUCGAUUCGCACAACUUAUCAUUAGAGUUAGUGAGAGAGAUCUAUUUCUACAACGAUCUGCCUGACCAAUUGAAGAAUGGGUCGAUAUUGGAAUGUAAGGACAGUCUUAUGACGAUAGUCGGUGAUUUAGUUGGGAGACUAAUGGCUUCAAAUUGCAAGUUUUAUUCGCAAGGUCUCCUAGAGGCACUAAGACUGAUAUGCCGUCGCUGGUCGCCAUGGAAGCACAUACAAGCAUACACCGAGCAGGGCAUUUUGAGCUAUUGCCUGGAUAACCUGGACUAUUGCAACGGUGUUGUUAGCGUACGGACCAUGCUUCUGGAUAUAUGCCGAUUGGUUUAUCCAGUGGAAAUCCACAACAUAAUGCGCCACAGAACAACCAAUCGAGACAUCUUCGAGCGGGACACCCAAGAGUUGAAAGAAAAAUGGCAACACUUGGAAAAUCAGAAGGUUGCCAACCUAGCGGAGAAAUUCUUGCAAGUGACGUUGAAAAUGUUGAAUGUCUUGGUGCAUUUGAUAGAGGAUGUUAACCCCAAUGUGCACUUAAAUAGGAGUGGUAUUGCUUUGCCGGGAAGUCCUGUUCGAAGGAAAACGCAAGAUUCGGUUCAAAGAAAAGGCAGCAUUACUUCAGAGUCUGACGACAAAGGCUCUCUACGUAAACGAACGCCCAUACCCGCAACCAGUCUGAAAGCUAACUUUGCGGGACAUUUCUUCAAUGAACCCUUUUAUAUGAAGCUAUAUGAAAAUUUGCGGGCCACAUAUUCGAAUCACAAAAUAAAUCUGGACCCAAAAACGAGCAUUUUCCACGAAUUCCUCUCAACAACGCUCAACUGUUUGGCCAUCCAACUCGAAUUGGCUACCGAAAGAGAAUUCGGGCCUGUCACAGAAGAGAUUCUUUUCUACCUCAAAGUUAUGAUGCCUCUAUCUCCCGACCUAACUGUUUAUUGCGUUACCCAACUUCUAAAAUGCCUUUUCGGGACCAAUAUGAUUAACCAAUACACCGAUUUCAUGAGCAUAGCUGAUAAGAAACCAGAUUUCGACCCUUCAAGUUUCUUCCAAGAUGUCAUGCUAGUGAAUUCUUUAAAAAACAUUGAGGAUGAUAAAAGUAGCAUUAGUUCGAGUUCCAGUCAAAAAUUGUCUUUGGAUUCGAAAAAUCCACGGAUGAUGGACGAGAGACAUUUGCUGAUGGCGAUGGAGAAUUUUUCGAAAAAUCGUACGGAUAGGAAGUGGAGUACCAAUAAGAAGGAAUUGGAGCGGUAUAUACGGCUGUUUGAACCUGUUGUUAUACAAUCUUUGAAGAGCUACACAAUGCAAAAUGACAUACCGCUUCAGUGUUCAGUAUUACGCCUUCUCAACCAGUUGCUCGCCCUACGAGUGAACUAUUGUAUGUUGGACAGCGACCAAGUGUUCAUAGGCUUCCUUAUGCGGCAAUUGGAAUUAAUAGAGCAGCACGAGAUACCAAACUGUUGCGACCUUGUCAAUAGUAUCCUGCUGUUUUUGGUACAGCUCUCUUCUUCCAAACAUCAUACGAAGACAAUUAUUGAGAUCCCAAAGCUCAUCCAAUUAUGUGACGGUUUGAUGGCAUCAGGGGCACAAGACGAAUGUAUCGCUGGCUUAGAGCCUGUCGCUGUGAAAGUUUUCAGUAAUAUGGGAGGUGGCAGUGUUCUGGGCCGAGCCCAACAACAAGAAAUGCAGGCCACUAGAGAAGUUCUUUUCUACAUGCUACAGAAAACUAUGCAUCAGCCUAAAGUUUUAGAGUUAGUAUCAUGCGUACUAUCUCUUUCUCAAGAGCACCCGGAAAGCUACUAUCGCUGGUCAGAGUUAGCGAGUGAUACUUUGUUAAACUUACUCAGUGAGAGAAGUAUAGAAUGUGACUCCAUACAAGCGGUUGAAUCGCUAGAAAGAUUACUACAAUCUCUAUAUAGAGAUGUCUUGCUAGAACAGACGAGAGUCGAAAUACUUUUGAAGAUAUUGUUUAAAGCACCACCUGAUCAGGAUACCACACCCAGAAAGCUAAAACUCCGUUAUUUGACAAUCGUAAUGGUACUCCUGCGUAAAGUACUCGUAUUAAUCCCAGAAACCGAGGUUCUAUUAUCGAUUAACUACCUCAAAUCUACGUGCAUUGCCCCACAAUCGAUAUUCUUCAACGUCAAACCAAACGUAGAUCCUUUGAACGUUCAAAAUGUCAACGAGAACUGCGCGAAUCUCUCACCAGAUGUCAUCCUAGUCAGAUUUUUAUUCAAGACAUUGACGUAUGUUAUUAUGGAGAUGGAUGAUUUUCAAGCGAAUGUCGAUACUAUUGACGAUGAAGAUAAGGACCAGAAUCGCUUGCUGUAUGCAGUUUGUGUUAAUAUUAUUGUCCAGGCGAAGCAUAUGCUGCAUUUGACUAAUGGCUGCCUCUUUCCCCUAACAGCCAAAAUGGCUCAAACAAUCUUGCACAAUGAGCAAAGUGGACUCAACACUGGGUUAUACAGUCCUGAAGAGAAUAUACCCCUGGACACCCUGAAUCUAAUCUGUUUGAGGGUUGCUCAUAGAUUACCUACGUUAACCGUACAUUGGUCGCAUUUGCUGAUCAGGUUAAACUUCCUUUCGCACAAAUACUGGCACAAACUGAUAGGAUUCGCCCGUAACCUGCCAUUGAGUGCAGACAGUGGAGACACUACACUUUUGAGGGUAGACCUCUUACAGACUGCGUGUGUUAUGGCGUACUGCGAGUAUUUUGUAGACAACGGUCUAUCAGAGGCGGUGCACCUAACAUGGCUGCUAGUGAACAGAGUCCACGUUCUAGUUUCGCAGUUUAGCGAGGAAAUCAUCAGGAAUCUUAUAGAUAGAGUUCAGCAGGCCGCGGGGGCUUCGGGGCUAUUGCUACAAGCCAUCGCUGCGAGGUGUCAGAGCUGUUUGAAGGAUGAAUUUGCUCUAAAUACAUACAAAAUUCUUUCUCUAUGCCACGAGAGUCAGUCGGGUGCGUUGGUGUUUUUAAUUUGUCGUAUCAUCGGAAAAUUGGAACCGGCCAUCGCCACAAGAUUCGCGAAAUUAGCCAUUGACAGAUGUCGAAUGCUAAAGGAUAUGUCCUCCGAAGUUGUAAACAGUCAGCUGUCUAAAGAGGACGUUCAAGUGGCCUUGGAAUUAUUGCAACGGGAUAAGGUUCAUAUUCGAUAUUCGAACUUGGUUGUGGAGUUAAACGCAUUAGCAUCAACUAUAUUUGACCUGUCUCCUCUGGACCUGUCGCAAGAGAGAGCGAUCAACACACAUUAUAUUGUCACUACUGAUGUCGAUAGUAAUUGGUUACUUAAUCAGAUCAAAAGCAGAUGCUGUCAAGCAGAUUGUACUAUGCCAAAAGUAUCAAAACAUACCGAUCUCGCUCAUUUACUAUCAAGCGUAUCUUUUGAGGAUCUUACAACUAUAAUGAAUUGCUCGGAGUUCUACAGAAAAAUCUUAAGCGCUUGCUUUAGAGUCGCAUGCGAAAGCUUCACGAGAGAUCUGUUCAAUAUUGUAUCUGUAUACGAACUAAGGGAGACAGAAAUAGAGGCGAUAAGAGAACAGAGAGAGAUGGCAAAAGCCCAAGACGAGAUGACGUCAUCUUUUGAUAGCAAUAAGCUGAACGUAGUGAAUUCAUUAUACGUUUUCAAAAAGAGUGACAAUAAAGAAUCGAAAUCACAGUUUUUCAUUCCAAUAAUGGAAAAUGACGUCAGAGAAAAGUUCGGAAACCUAAAAAUUUCGGAUGAAGAUUCCGACAUCAUGGUACCAGAAUUACCAAAGUUGUAUCUAGCUGCCGUUGCAACUUUAGACAAGUCUCUGGCAGAUGUCCUAAGAUUAUUUCCCAAACAGAAUAGACCGUUAAGUCAAUCGGAAAAUUUUAGCUUGAACGUGGAACAAACUAUUGAUAGAUACACCAGAAGAUGCCACCAAGUUUUCCAAGAUAAAUUGUUCUACCAAGAAUUUGUAACCAUUCAAACGAUUUUGACCGGUUUUCUAGAUGCUGUUGACAAAGUUUUGACGGUUAUAGACGAAACUGACUGUGAUUUGGUAGAUAAAUGUGUGGAAAAUAUAAUUCCGAACACAUUAGCACGAAACAUUGCUGUAUUUUCUGUAGUGUCCUUGCAAUACUUGUCGUUUUUGAUCAAAAAUAAGAAAAUUGUUGAAACUCCCGUACAUGCUGACGUUUCUUUUCGAGUGACAAAUGCGUCCACAGAUAAUGUAUGCGUGGAUCACAUAAUGGUGGUCACCAUAGAUAAUGUUGCGAAGGCGUUGAGUUUCAAUGAAAUCUGGUCGGAAUUGAAUGUUGAGAGUAACUUUAAUAGAACACAGUCGGCUAUUAGCUGUCUGUACGCGAUUGUAAAGUAUCUGGUGAAGGAUACAAAACCCUUGAUACUAAAAUCUCACUUGAAAGUCCAAGAUUCUGGUCCACUUCCGGAUAUAAUAAUAACGGGCAAUAAACUGGCGACACUAGUUGAAUAUUGGGAGGAGAACUUCUAUACGACAGAGAAUAGGAAUAUCCUCGGUAAACGACAUAGGAAAUCUAUUGAAAGUCUUCUUAUCAGUUUAGCUAGGUUGGAAUUAGUGUCAAACGUUGCUCUAAUACCCUCAAUAGCGUGGUCGUGCGUAGAAGUGAGAGUCAAGAAGGAUCAAUUGGAGAAAAUCGAUUUGCCUCUCCAACCCUUGCAGGACAUGGACGUUUUGGAAGCAUUCCUAUUUAGAGUAAAUCUUAUAGGAUGGUCGUCAAAGAAGCAAUUCGAAGAGAUCUGGGUGGGGAUAUUGGGAGCUUUGCAAGGGAACGGCACUCAUUGGGCGGUGAAUGGGAUCACCCAGCUGUUGCUCAGUGUAGCGCCUUCCAUACGAGGGAGGAUGCUGCAUGUACCGAGGAAAUAUCAACCUUUGACUGAAGGCAUGCAACGUCUUCGCAACAUUCUUAUUGGCACAUCAGCGUACAGUCUCUUCGAAGAUAUUAACCUAGAACGAAUACCGCUAAUAAACGAGGGGCAUCGAGGAUUCCACUAUGGACAAUUUAGUACGGAGUUCUUGAAGUAUGCUGCAGAUAUAUCGGAUGAGGCUUCAUACAGAGUUCGUAAAGAAGUUAAACGCAAGAAAAAGAAUCAAGAGAUUGACGUGAACAGCUGUCUACAGUUGCUUAUGGAUGUGACUACUGACAUGUUAGAUUCUAAGUCACCCACCGGCAUAGCAGGCCGAGUAGCGUUAAUCAAAUGCGCCGCAGCGACCUCUGUAGGUGCUAUACUAUCCACUCACACGCAGUGGUCGCGCGUUGCAGCCCUAUUGUCUUCGUCACCACCACCACAAUGGGCGUUAGCGGCCGCAUCAGCCUUACAUUCGUUGGCCGCAUGUCUACCUGUUUUGCAUCACGCUCAUCAGGAGCUAACGACAGUCCACGAAAAGCUACUAAAGUCCCUAGGAUCGAGUUUUCCUCCACUCAGACAAGCAGCACUACGUGGCUGGUUGUUACAACUCGCGCAGUACGCACGCGUCACGCAACCCGAGGCCAUAACUCAGUUACGGCAAACUACUGUGUCACACUUGACUUAUAACUUCAAACUUUCCUUGCACGAGCAAAGUUUAUAUUGGGCGGUUUUGUUCACUUUGGUUGAACUUGGACACCCAGACCUGAUGAACAUCGCCGUAGAUUUUGUGCUGGCCAACCCCAGGCAUUAUUGUGCCGAUUUAGUUGUGAAGGGUAUAACGUCGGUUUUACGUCAACAAGUAUUACCAAAAGAUCUGAAGAAUAUUAUAAUCGAGAAGUUACUGGAUAUAGAGAAUAUGAAGAAGUAUUCUGAGAAUCAUGCUGUGCAGAUUUUGAUGGUGCAUCUGUUUUCAGCCGACAACAGAUUAAUAAGUCCAAAACUAGAAUCGGACGUUUCAAACAUGGACCCAGAUGUUCUGAUGAACUCUAUGGAAAGGAUAACUCUUCUAUACAAAAUACUACGUCAAUGCAGACAGAAGGAAAACAAAAUUAUCAUAGCAUCAGCGUUAAAAUACUUCUUGAGGGAGACAUUACCCCCCGCAGCGACGUUGAGUAGAGUCGUUAUAGAGUAUUUGGAGUGUUGUAAGGAGACGGAGAGGAAAAGGAUGGCGAUAUUGAGCGAAAGGGACAGGUGGAUUGAUUGUUCGGUGCUGAAUGCUGAAAUUGUUUUUGAGGUAUUCGAAACGUCAGUCACGCAAGACCAGCUGCCAGUACUCAGCGGAUGGAUAUUCGAGGCACUCUGCCAUUUGUUAUCCGGCAUAUCCUCCAAACUACUACCAUAUUGCCUUUUAACAUUACUCGUUUCAGCCAGCUCAAACCAGUUUAUAAGAUCGAUAAACCCUUUAUCAUUCCACAUUUUUAGAGUAGGUCUCCACAAAAGUCGAGAGAAUUACGAAAAUUCCCAAAAUUGGGGAGUUUUUACCGAUUUUGUUGAAAAAACUACGGGAAAUAUGUCCUUUUCCGAUCGUAGAUUGCUGUGUAUCGUGGCAUUACAUUCUAAUUUUAGUGCGAACCAAUUGGAAAGACUGAAGGAACUUUCUGAAGGGAAUGAUUGUCUUGAUGAUUUGAUGCAAUGUUUGAUGGUUGUUUAGGUUAGUAAGAGUUUAGAAAGGCUGUUUAAAAGAUUUGUUCCGCAUUGAAGUCUAGUAAGACUGAAGGAACUUGGUGAAAUAAAUGAGGGGAUUUCUUGACAUGAUGCUAUAUGGCAGUUUAGGUUUUCAAAGAAUUUCUAAAGGUUGUUUAAGACAUAACAAGGCUUCAUAAAUUAUGUUGCCUCAGUACUUUAAUAAUAUAAUGUGUUCGAUAUUGAAACAUAGAUAGAUAGAUUGAAGAAACUUUAUGAAGGGAACGAGUUAUUUGUACGAAGUUCAACAUACUAAGUUUUUUAUAUUAUGGAAGGCUUCGUAUAUUGAUUAGAAUUUCAAUACGAUUAUAAUGCGUAAAAAUUUGUCUCAAAUGUCAUGUCAAAAGUACGGGUUUAACAGGGCUCUCUCCGUUACUUACUCUAUACAAUCGUAGUGUACUCCGUACAAUACCCAAUUUCAUUUGAAUAUUAAGCAA